GUCCGCUCUGCGUUCCAACCUGAUUCUGUGAAAUCGCCGCUGCGCUCCCGUUCAUCCGCACACCCCCUGCAGCUCCGUUACGGGCAGCGCCCAGCCCAGCCCAGCCCAGCCCAGCCCGGCCCGCCCCAGCCUGCUGCGCUGUCCCGCUGUCCCGCUGUCCCGCAUCCCGCGGGCUCGGCGGGCCGGGGUCCCGCGGCCGUGAGGGGCCGUGAGGGGCCGGGCCGGGGCUCCCUCAGCGCCCCCCGGGCGGGGCAGGGCGGGGGCGGCCCCAGCGCCGCGCUCCCCCCGCGCUCCCCGGCGCGCGGCAAGAUGGCGGCGGGAGCCGAGCGCGGCGCGGCGCUGCCCGCGGAGCCGCCGCCGCUGAGCGCCGAGGAGGUGGCGAGGAGACUGGCGAGCACUCGCCGCGAGCUGGGCAACCGCCGCAAGAUCCUGCUGCGGAACCUGCCGGCCGAGAGCAGCAGCCAGGAAAUCCACGACUUGUUUAAAGAUUAUGAAAUCAAAUAUUGCUAUGUGGACAGGAAUAAAAGAACAGCUUUUGUCACCCUGUUGAACGGGGAGCAGGCCCAGAGCGCCAUCAGGAAGUUCCACCAGCACUGCCUGCGUGGCAAGGAGAUCUCAGUGCAGCUGCAGCCCACAGAUGCUCUGCUGUGCAUCACCAACCUGCCCCUUUCCCUCAGCAUAGAGGAGUUUGAGGAGCUGGUGCGUGCCUAUGGCAACGUGGAGAGGUGUUUCCUGGUGUACAGCGAGCUCACCGGCCUCUCCAAGGGCUACGGCUUCGUGGAGUACAUGAAGAAGGACUCUGCUGCCAAGGCCAGGCUGGAGCUGCUGGGCAAGCAGCUGGAGGACAGCACUCUGUUUGCACAGUGGAUGGAUGUGAACCAGCUGACCACAAACCUCAUUCACUCCAAGUGCCUUUGUGUGGAGAAGUUACAAAAGGACUGUGCUGAUUCGAAGGAGCUGAUCCAGGCUUUCUCCCUCAAGUACAAACCUGUGUUCUGCCAGUUUGCCCAGGACGAGGAGGGCGGCAGCGGGGACUUCGCGGUGCUGGAGUACGAGAGCGCGGAGCAGGCGGAGAGCGUGAGAGCGGCCAUGGACGGGCUCAGCAUCCAGGGCAGGAGGCUGCACGUGUCCUUCUGUGCCCCUGGAGCCCCAGGCAGGAGCACCUUGGCAGCUCUGAUAGCAGCACAGAGGAUGAUGAGGAACAAUAGGAAAGGUUUGCUUCCAGAGCCAAAUCCAGUGCAGAUCAUGAAAAGUUUUAAUAAUCCAGCAAUGCUGCAGAUGCUGCUGCAGCCCCAGCUGCGUGGCCACCCUGUUAAACCUGUUCUUGGAGCAUCUGCAGGUUUACCUCCCCUCAUCAAUUCAGCAGUUGGACCUCCUUUUUUGCAGCUGAAUAAAGUUCAUCAGAGCUCAAUUCUGGGGAGCACCUCCAGCCUGCUGCUGCAGAGCCCUGCUCACCUGCCCCUGCCCCAGCAGCAGCUCCUGAAGAUGGAAAACAUGCAGGCAAACAGUAAACCAGGUUUGCUGGGAGAGCCUCCAACAAUGCUGCUGCAGACAGUGCUGGGCAUAGGGGUGAUGCCAGCAGUGAGCUCAGGCCUGGCAGCUCGAGGAGAAGCUCUCAAGUCUCCCAUGGCAGCAGCGGCGGCGGCGGCGGCAGGGAUGGGCGUGCUGCCGUUCUUCCCGAGCCAGCCCGGGCUGGGAGCGGCCGUGCCGGGGCCCGGCCCCGCUGCGGACAGAGGCGAGGCGGGGCCGGGGGCUCAGCCCUUCCCCGGGGCGCUGCGGGCCAAGGCUGCGGGCCAGGGCCAGGGCCAGGGGCACGGCUGCGACUCCGGCCUGGGGACUCCCUUGAAAAAACAGACUUCUCUGCUUGGGGAACCCCCAAAAGAAAUUCGGCUGAGCACCAACCCCUACUUGAAUUUGGCAAGUGUUUUGCCUGGUAUCUGUCUGCCAGCAGCAAUUGCCAGCAAAGCCUCCAGUCCUCCACAGCAGACCAGCCUUCCCAACAAUGUCAUGGAUGCUGCUGUGUCUCAGGGAACUGCAUCACAACAUGCAAUGGAAAAUUAUUUCAGUUAUUCCCAGCAGCCUGGGGAAUACCCACAGGAGGCUGCCCAGCAGUGGUACCAGCAUUAUGCUCAGGCACAUCCCUCUACCCAGGCCAGAGGGGGUGGCUUGGAAAAUGGAGCCUCUGAGGAAUCUACAGGUGGAUCUUUCCCAGACUACAGCAGCUGCCUGCAGGUGGUGCCUGCCCUUUUGAGUGGAGCCCAGGGAUCCCAGCUGGGCUUGCAGCCUCCUCCAGCCAAUCCCUUAAAGCAGGUGGCCCCGAAGCGCAGCUCCUCGUACCUCGUGCCCUCCCCCGAGCCCGGCCCCGAGCUGGCGGCGCCCGCCGGAGCCGCGCGUUUCUCGGAGUCGGCGCUGAAGAAGAAGCGCGUGUACUGACCCGGGGCACGCUGCGCCCCCGGCCCGCCCCUCUGUAUUUAUUGCUGCCUUAACUUCAGCCGGGAGCUCUUCCUGCGCGGGGUCAGUGUCCCCAGAGGAGCCAGCGCUGUCCGAGGGCACCAGACGGGUGUGCAAAGGUGGAGAGGAGGGGACAGCGUUGGCUUUGUCACCCGAGGGACAGAGCACACCUGGGGAGCUGGGGCAGCUCCAGCUGAAAGCAAUAAAAACCCAGAGGAAAGAAAGCUGAUCCUUUCUCCAGUCCUCAGCCUGAGGAAGUUAAAAGAGGAAGUCUUUGUAUUUUUUUAACUCUGAACGUGGAGGGGUUUUUUUCCCAACUUUCCUUUUUCCAGGAUUAAGAGCUCUGCAUUUACAGCAUUUCAAUUUUUAAUAUUUCUUCUUAAUCCUGGAACGGAGCGAUACCAAAAGGAUUCCCAGAGGCUCGGUGAUGUUCUCAGUAAAUGCCUGUCCAAAGGGAGAUGCUGUCCUGAGCUGCCUUGGAAAGUUCCCUGGGAUUUGGAGAACUCAUCCUUGGACAGUGGAAUAACUUUGUUUUUAGGCUGAGAACCCACAGCUUUUCCAUGGAGGAAGUCAUUCCAGUGUGAGGCAGCAUCACCCUUCCACAGGUGUGGGGCCAGCUCCUCCUGGGCUGCCCCACACUGUUUCCCACUUUUGACUGUAUUUUCCUUUUUUUUUUGUUGUUUUUUUUUUGUUUUUUUUAAAGACUUUUUGUAUUUUUAGCUUUUUAUCAGCUCUGGCUCGAGUUGUUCUCUUCUGCCAUCAGCCCUUGGAGCUGGGGAUCAGCAAUCCUUCCUUCUGCCAUCAGUGACAGGUAAAUGAGGAGCCAGCCCUCAUUCCAAGGCUUUGCAAUUCCAAUUCCUUGGAAUCCUGCUGCAAAUCCACUUGGAUUGAGUUCACUGAGGCCAGGAGCCACCUCCUCCCUUUUCUUUGCUAGAAAACACUGAAGCCAUUUUUCAAUACUGAUUUUUUUUUAAAUUAAAAGUCUUAAACUUUGCCUUUCAAGCUUUGGGAUGUGACCAGGAUCCACAUUUUCAAAGCUUAAAAAAAUCCCAAUCAAAAUCUCUCUUCCCUCAGCUGCUGGAAGUGCUCCACAAACAGGAGCCAGGAGCUUUUCUGGGAUUCUGCCUGUAUGUAUUGAUAAAUUCACUUGUAAUAUUUUGUUUCAACUGUUUGUAUAUGCAACUUUCUCAACUUGUUACACUUUUCAAUGAAAAUAAACUGUUGGUACUUAUUUCAAGUGAAUUUUUGUGGGAGGAAAACAGCCCUGGACUCCUUUAAUCAGAUCAGGUAGGAAAAGGUUUUUUAAAAGAAUAUCAUUCCUAUGGAAAUUUGAGUUUAAAAACUCUUUUGUUUUAUUUAUGAUUAAAAAUGGAGGCACGUGGAGAAAAAAAAAUUCUUUAUUAGACUUGUUUGUAUAAAGAGUAACAAAGUGCUUACAGAUUAAAUUCAGCUUCCUACGUGACAUACAGAAACAAUAACACUGUAAAAAUAAAUCUGACCUCCUUGGAGCUCAUAAUUACCAUUUUAUAUAUAUUUAUAUAUAUAUAUAUAUAGACCUCUUUUUAUUAUUGCCAAAACUUGAGGAUCUUUUCCGAGCAUUUUCCAACUCCAGGUGUGGUAGGAAAAAUGAUGGCAGCAGAAGGUUCCAGUUAAACCACUCAUGGGCUGAGUGAAAAUGUUCUUUAAAAAAUUGGUUGGAGGAGUUUCCAUUCCCCAGGACAGCCCUGGGUGCUCAGGCUUUUUGUCCUUUUGGAUAAUCCCCUCCAGCCUCUGGGCAUGGCCUGGGUUCUUUCCCAUCUCCAUGAAUUCCUUCCCUGCACAUCCCUCAGCACCAGGGAUGCACAUUCACCCCUCCAGGGCUGCAGCCAGUCCAGCUGCUCCAGGGGGAACAAUGUGGGAGUGGAGUUAAAAAAAAGCAAAUUAUUUAUCUCAAAAUUGGGGUUCUCACUGAAAUGCACAACUGUGCCCACCCCUCCAUGCUGCUGGGGGUGAUAUUUUUGAACACUUUUUAAAAAUACCUGUAAGAGCUCAGGACUGGGGCCUGGUGGGUUAAAAAGAGCUGCAAAUUUUACCCUCCCUAUAUUUUUAUAGGUUGUUUUGUUUCUUACUAGGAUUUAAGUGCAUGUGAAGGAUAUUUUGUCAGCUGACUUCAAAAUUAUUAAUUGAGUCCUCUUACAUCCACUGGCUGAGGUUUGAGCUGAGAAAUGCUGUGGAUUUUCCCAGCUCACAUCAACCAUCAGGGCAAUUCCAAUUGUGGCACAACCAGAAUCAGAGCAGGAAAAAACUGCCCUGCAAGAACAGCAGCAAAGGGAGCCUGAGCUCAUUUUGCCCAAAUCUUUUCAAUUCUUUUAAUCCAACUCUUCAAUCUGUUGGCAAAAGAAUCCUUUAGAGCCACAUCAGCCCAGCCAGAGUACAAAUUACAGGAGUUAAAAAACAACAACAACAAAAAAAAAACAA